AAAAAGUGAGAAUAGGCGCUAGGCCGCUAGGGUCCCAAAUUCCAAACCCUCUCGUCUCUCAGCCUCUCUUAUUUAAGGGUGGAGUUGUUUUCUCAAGUCUUAGUAAGACAAAUCUCCAAUUUUCAGAGCACCUCGUGUCUUCGUCUUCGACUCUCCGCGGAAACGAGAACUUUCAUACUCCAUUAAUGGCGUCUCUUUCUCUUCGCUCUUUGUCUUCUUCCAAUUCAUCUUAUGGUUCCUCAUUUUCUUCUUCUGUUUCUCCUCCUCGGCGCCUUCUUCUUCGCUUCGAUCGCCCCUUCUCUGUCAAAUGUAAUGGUAGUAGUGAGCCGUUAAAAAUUAAUGGACGGCCAGCUGUCCCGAUCCUUGAUGAGCAAUCGCUGCCCAAGUUCUUGCACUCAAAACGCCUGGAGAAUACUGUAAAUAGAAGUAAUACAAGGCUGAAACUGUUUUCUGGUUUGGCAAACCCUGCACUGGCUAAGGAAAUUGCCUGGUAUAUGGGUCUUGAGCUGGGAAAAGUGAAUAUUAAGAGGUUUGCAGAUGGAGAGAUUUAUGUGCAGUUGCAAGAGAGUGUCCGAGGAUGUGAUGUGUUUAUCAUUCAGCCUACUUGCACACCGGCAAACGAAAAUCUUAUGGAGCUUUUAAUUAUGAUUGAUGCUUGUCGUAGAGCAUCGGCCAAAAAUAUCACUGCUGUGAUUCCAUAUUUUGGAUAUGCUAGAGCAGAUAGGAAGACUCAGGGGCGUGAAUCUAUUGCUGCCAAACUAGUUGCAAAUCUCAUUACUGAGGCUGGUGCUAACAGAGUACUGGCAUGUGAUCUCCACUCUGGGCAAUCAAUGGGAUACUUUGAUAUUCCUGUAGAUCAUAUAUACUGUCAGUCUGUGAUACUUGAUUAUUUAGCCAGCAAGGGUAUUGCCUCAAGCGACUUGGUUGUAGUCUCUCCUGAUGUUGGAGGAGUUGCAAGAGCCCGUGCCUUUGCAAAAAAGUUGUCUGAUGCACCUUUAGCCAUUGUGGAUAAAAGACGACAAGGUCACAAUAUAGCUGAGGUAAUGAAUCUCAUUGGUGAUGUUAAAGGAAAAGUUGCGGUUAUGGUGGAUGACAUGAUAGACACUGCUGGCACUAUUACGAAAGGUGCAGAAUUGCUUCAAAAAGAGGGGGCUAGAGAAGUUUACGCAUGUUGUACUCAUGCUGUGUUCAGUCCUCCGGCAAUUGAAAGAUUGUCUAGUGGUUGUUUCCAGGAAGUGAUAAUUACAAACACACUUCCAGUAGCGGAAAAAAACUUUUUCCGUCAGCUAACUGUUCUUUCAACAGCAAACCUUCUGGCCGAAACAAUUUGGCGGGUGCACGAUGACUGUUCCGUAACUAGUAUUUUUCAGUAGUAUGGCAAACUGUGAAGACAAGGAAGAGUAGUGUAUCGUAUAUUUGUGGUGAUAUAUCUUCCUUCGUAAUUUGCGUUGGUAUCCUAGUCUCGAAACACCGUGUUCGUGUUAUCUAGCUAAUUAUGCAGUUGCAGCAGAGUAGCAUAUAAGAGUUGCUAAAUAUUGUCCCUUAUGGAUGAUUUAACUGGCAAUCCAACCAUUUAGGAUUGCAUUUGUAUAUUUUUUUAGACGAGUUUUUUUCAUCUGAUUCAUUAAAUUUUAAGUUAUAAUAUGUUGGGACUUGGGACA